AGGUCUCACUAUGUUACCCAGGCUGGUCUGAAACUCCUGGACUCAAGAGAUCCUCCUGCCUUGGUCACCCAAAGUGCUGGGAUUACAGGCAUGAGGCACUACACCCAGAUCUUGUCCUUAUUUCCUGUAUCCCAGGCAAUUUGCCAAACAAGGGAUGAGGGUGAGCAAAGGAAUAUCAAACACAUGCCUUGCUCUCAAAAGCUCAUGGUCCAAAAGGGAUGAAAAAGUGUGUUUUUCCAGUUCAAGCCAGCUCGUUCCAGGGCCUUUUCUGCAGCAAACAUGCCACGUGCACCCACAGAUCUCGGUAGAGGAGACUCCAAUUCCCCAGACUCACUGGCCUGUACCAAGCACUGGCCCCUUGCAGACAUUCCCAGGAUGGCUGCCCUCCAGGCUCACAGCCACUGUGCUGUCCAGCUCACAGCAGAGAUGACACCUUUGGGUUGGGCUUCCCCACCAUGGGGCCUUAAUUUCAUCAUUUGUAAAGCGAGGAUUGCUUGGUUGUGUUAGGACUUGAGAUCCUGGAUGGUGAACUGCCCCCACGGGCCGGGCACCUGAAUGUGUUCUGUGAAUGGGGGCAGGACUGCUACAGGUGGUAGCUGUAGCUGGCGUGACUGCCCAGAAUGGCACCCAGCACACAGCUGGCACUCAGACGUUACCAAUAGUGCCCACAGCGCACUCUGGGGUCCAGAAGGGAGGGGCAAAGUUGGCUUCUGUCUCUUGGAGCUGUAGGAUCAGAGGUGAGCUCAGGGGUGGGGUCCUUGCUUGCCCUAGGGUGUGUGGUCAAGUCUGCAGAGGUCUCUAGGUGGGAGGCUUCCUGCAUCCUGCUGGCCUGGGCUCCAGUGGAGAAGGCUGGGAGACAGACAGGGCUCCAACCACCAUUUCAACUGCACGCCUUCCUCUGGCUCAGCCCACCUUAGGGCCCAGCUGAGUGUGGCCGUGGUAUCCUCUCGAAGGAGGAAGGGGUGCAGUUGAAAUGGUGGUUGGCACGUAUGUGUCCCUUUUCCUGUCUUUAUGCCCCAGAAAUCCCCACCCUCAUUUCUUUAAUGGCCUUCUGUGGCCAGCCACGUCAAGAGGGGUCCACAGAGGCCUCAGCCUGGCUAUAGCUCUUGAAUUGGGUUUUCACCUCAAAGAGAGUGGGCCCCAUGUGGGCAGGACUGGUCCCACAAGAUGUCCUCAGAGCGGGCAGGUCCCCAAAACGAGAAGACGUACGCUUCGAGGGCACAAUGCAGGUACAGCUCUAGAAUUCUCCAUUCUAGAACCUGCCCCUCCUCUCCCCAAGCUAGCCCUCCCCCUGCCCAGUCCAGGGCUGUGCCAGCCCCCGCCCUGAGCUCACAGCCCCAUCACUCCCUGCUUCUGCCGCAGUCCCAGCAAGUCUUCAGAAGCGUGGCUGCUGCCUCAAGAAGGACGAAGUUCCCACCCAGCGCCCCCCACCUCCCUGGCCCCUGCCCUCUGACACAAGUCAGGCCUCAGUCGUGCCCCCCAAGACUGGUGAAACUGGACCACUACACCCCCUCCCAUGCACUGCCCUCCGUGAAGGGCAGCAGCAGGCAGAAGCUGGAUCAGAGAACCUUCACAGAGCAGAUACAUGAGGGCAAGGACAAUGGCUACCUGUUCCCCAAAGUGUACUUGGCCGAUGCCACCCACAAGUGCAUGCACCACAACCCCAAGCUGUCCUCCGAUCUGCAGGGCAAGUGCUACACCAUGAUAGCUGUCAAGAUCGUCUCCACAACCGAGGCCCCGGUGGAGUUUUCCCGCAAGCUCCUGCCCCGUGAGAUCUCCUCACUCAACACUACCUACAAGCACCUGAACGUGGUGCAGCUGUAUGAGACCUAUCAGAGCAGCCAGCUCGUGCCGGAGCUGGUGGCCCAGGGCGACCUGCUGGAGCACAUCAACGCUGCGUUGGACCACCUCUGCCACCCAGGGCUGGAGGAGAAGGAAGUCUUCAGACUGUUCUGGCAGCUGGGACCUGAAGGGCGAGAACAUCCUGCUGGACAGCCACGGCCUUCUCAAGCUGACCGAUUUUGGCUUUGCCGACUGCGUGGGGCCCAGGAACUCACUGCUCAGCACUUUCUGCGACUCCCCAGUCUACACAGCCCGAGAUCCUCGUGAGCAGCAAGUAUAGCAGGGAGCAGGCCGACCUGUGGAGCCUGUGAGUGCCUCCCAGGGAGCCCUGACCCCAGGCAAUGGGGCAACCUGUGGAGUCUGAGUGCCCCCAGGGCACCCCAACCCUGUGGCCAGGGCCCAUGGGAGGGCUGGGGAGAGGCCACACCCGUAGCUCAUGUCCCCAGAGGUGUCAUCCUCUAUGCCAUGGUGAGUAAGAAGCUGCCCUUCAAGGAGCCCCAGCCCCACUGCAUGCUGCACCUCAUGCACUGCGGUCCCACCUUCUGGCCAGGUCUGUUCCCAGGUAAGCACCACCCCAUGACCUUCCCACACCUAGCUCAGGCCUAGAGAGCGGCAGUGAAGAAGACCUGGACUCCCAAGGGGGUAGUCCUGCGUGGUGGAAGAGACCGAACCUGGCAUCCUCCCCACUUAGGCUGGGAAGCGUUUGGUCCAUGCACGGCAGUGACAAGUUCUGGGGAAGCUGGACUGGUGGAGGACCUGACUCAAAAUGCAGUUCAGCAAAGGCUGUGGCUGCGAACCUGAGCUCUGCACUAGCCCAGGGCACACUGCCUUGCCCCUCUAUGCCUCAGUCUCCCCACUGGCGACAGAACUGACCCCUCUAAGCUGCUGGCACCAUUGGCAGUGAUGUGCAUGGGGUGAAGGUGGGUGCUGGAGUGGUGAGAGGCUGCAGCUGUGAGCCCUCGCCCACAGUGCCAGGACCUGAUUUGGGGGCUGCUGCAGCUGCGUCCAAACACAUGCCUGGGCCUGCAGCGAACACGCUCUUCCACAGUGCUGUGCCAGGUGUGGUGUGGCCCUGUGGGUGAGCAACUGAGCAGCACGUGGUCCCUCUGCACUCCACCUGACCCCACUGUGGUCCCUUGCAGAGAAGCAAGUGCAGUCCCAAUUCCCAGCAUCCAUGGAUGACCUGGAGCCUGGUACAGACUUAAGAGUGCCAAUGGCCAGUCCUGUAGCUGCACUGCCCCCAACAGCAGGGCAUCCCCAAGGAGAACGAGGGCCCUGAGCUCAGGCCUCCGGAAGCACACCCCAGAAGAGGGGUGGGUUCCACCCAGCUGGUGCUCUGGAGCACUGUGGCAGCCAGCCUAGGAGUAAGCGCCUCCAGGAGGCGUUCCAGUAAACUGAGGGUGGG